ACUGGACAUUGUGUUAAACGACCACUUUACACUGAGGGGCUACGCGAGAACUAAACAGUGUUUGGCUGCAGUUUGCUGUUUUCCCAUUUAUGCGCGUAAUGGUCACGAAACGUUAAACCUGUCUCGGACGUCAGGAUGGAAAUAUUCGGCAGCACUUUUGAUGACUCUGUGUUUCUCGAGGCGAGACACCGAGUGUGUGAGUCUCUGUCUUCAUACAACGCCAAAGUGUGCGAACCAGAGUGGUUUUGUAACAGCACUGCUCUUGAUACAAACGAUGCGUUGGAGAAGCAGAAGGUUUACAAGUUUAGAGGUGACUUGGCUGUGAGACAGGGGAACUAUCAGAAAGCCUUGGAAGCGUACAGCAGCUGCCUGGAGUGGAUCGCUGACAACAAUUUGACCAUCAGACGAGAUGUGCUGGAGGGAAUGAGCCGGUGCUGUACCAAGCUGGGACAGAGAGACAGGGCGCUGGAGUUGGCUGACUUGCUGAGCAAAGAAGCCUCCAACACCUGUCACUUGACCAGCCUGCUGCUACUGAAGGUCAGCAUCUAUGAUCAUUUUGGAGCCACAGCGUCAAAGAUGUCAUCUCUGGAGCAGCUGUGUAGCCUUUUGCCUUUUAACCCCUGGCACUGGUUAAACCUAGGCCAGAUGUGUCUACAGCAGCUGGAGAACAACAAAAUCACAGGAUCUUGUUCCUCAGAGAGGUCCAAAUCAGCCGGGGAGCAGAAUGAUGGAGAGGCUGAGGACAAGACAGACUGGCUGAAAGCUUGCAUAUGUUUCAUCAGGACGAGACUCCUGUUGAGGAUCCUUCAGCAGCAGCAGUCGUCCUUUGUGCUACAGCGCAGUGAAAAUGCCCUACAUUCAACAGAUGAGGCGUUACAGCGACUCAGUCCCAAAGAAGCAACUCUGCAGGCUCUCACUGAGGUGAUGUCAGAAGACCUAAUCCCAGAGAAAAUGAGGGAGGACUACCAGGACGGGGAAAGUCUGACCAGUGUGUGUGUACAGAGCUUCAGAGAGCGCUGGUGGAACAAGGUCCUAAUGAUUGGAGUGUUACACACUGAUGGAUAUCAGAGAAAUGAGGAGCUGAAGUCCUGAUGCUGUUUACAGAGGUGAUACCACACAGACCCGAGACUGUCUUCAGAACAUCACAAACCCCCAACAAAACUCAAUAAAUAACAUAAGAAGUAUCCCCAGUUCCCAGCAGUAUGUUUACUGGCUUAUACUGGUUGCAUAAAGUGUCCAUAUGUCAAAUAUUAAUGUUUAAUGCUGAGCAACUUUAGACAGAAAUUAGCCUGUGUUCUACAUAGAUAAGUCCCUGUGCAUCCAAUACAUUGUUUCUACUUUGAUGUUUUAUGUACAUUUUGUCCCUUUUUUUAAAAUUUUGAAGAAAGCACAAAGAUUCCAGCACAUAACUCAACCUGAGCAAGUGUAAAUAGUAAUAAACUACACACUCUUGUGUAAAUAUGUUUUUUUAACACAGCUGAAUUGCUACAAAUUCCUUCUACCUUUCUUAAUUCAUACUUCUACUUUUUUUCUACUCUUUCCUGUUGUAUUAAUGUAAAGCUAAUAAACGUGUCUGAGGGUCACUUUCCUCACAGUCUGUCA